AUGACUGCAGCAAUCACAGAUAAAAGAGUGGUAGUAGCUACCUUAUUUUUGCCGUACACUGUGGAUUUUCAUGUGAAGGAGAAGAAAAAGCGCAUUGUCACAUCACCAACAACCCCUGACACGCAAACUGUUAUACCAAAUCUAUUGCAAAGUUUGGCAAAGCACCAACACAAAGAAGAUGAAAAGACAAAGGACCAGCUAUUCGAUUUUACGCAGCCCGAGCAACUGGUUCAACCACGUAGCAAACAGCAACGCGAAGAAGAGAUUCGUAAAUUGACUCCAUUGCUUUCUGUCAUACCCACCCAGAGCAGACGACCCUCGUUAGAUAGUGCACAAGUCUUUGCGGACGCACCAUGGUCAGUGAAACCAUGCAGCAGUGGUAAUAUUGGUCUCAAUAAUGCACUCUUCUCGAUCCAAGAUCAACUACACGAUUUGGCUUGGGUAGGAACAUUGGGAAUGCCAACAGACCCAUUGUCCAAAAAGACUCAAGACGAAAUUCAUGCAACAUUUACAGGCAAAUACAAUGCAUAUCCCGUCAUGUCUUCCGAUAGUGUAUUUGAUGGACAUUACAAUCGAUAUUGUAAGCAGGUGUUAUGGCCUUACUUUCAUUACGUUGUGCAAGAUGAUCCACAAAAUAUGAUGUCUCAAGAUGGUCCCUACAAAGCUUAUCAGGAACUCAAUCAGCAAUUUGCAGAUACAAUUGUCGAGAACUACAAGGAGGGCGAUAUUAUUUGGAUCAACGACUAUCAUUUGAUGCUUGUGCCUGGCUUAGUGCGAGAGAAGAUCCCUAAUGCGACCAUUGGGUUCUUUCUGCAUAUACCUUUUCCUAGUUCUGAAUUGUUCAGAUGUCUUCCACCUCGAAGGCAGCUACUAGAAGCCAUGUUGCAGUCCGAUGUCAUUGGUUUCCAAACAUACUCCUUUGCUCGUCAUUUCCUCCAGACUUGUGCGCGUAUUCUUUCCGUAGAUGCAACGCCCUCGGGUAUCCAAUUAGAUACACACUAUUGCUCGGUUGGCAUUCACCCAAUCGGCAUUGACAUUAACGCACUGAACAAAAAGAUCUCGGAUCCUUUAGUAACACAAUGGGUGUCCAAGCUGAAAGAGAAAUAUGCGGAUAAAAAGCUUAUUGUAGCACGGGACAAGUUGGAUUAUAUCAAAGGUGUUCGUCAAAAGCUGCUUGCGUUUGAGCAAUUCCUGACCAGACAUCCCGAAUGGCGUGGUGAAGUAGUGUUGAUUCAAAUCGCUUUAUCAACCUCUGAGCAAAAUGAAUUAAGAGCGCACAUUUCCGAUGUCGUUUCUCGAGUCAAUUCGAAAUUUAGUAAUAUUUCAUACCAGCCCAUUGUCUUUUUGCAUCAGGAUAUUUCAUUCUCUCAGUACUUGGCUUUAUUGACUUGCGCUGAUGCCUGCCUGUUGACUCCCCUGAGAGAUGGCAUGAACCUCACCUCUCAUGAAUACAUUGUGUGCCAAAGAGAAACUCAUAAUCCGUUGAUUUUGAGUGAAUUCACAGGUACAUAUGGCAGUUUUGGUGCUUCGAUCAGGGUGAACCCAUGGGAUUACAGACAAGUGGGCGAUGCUAUCCAUGAAGCCCUCUCCAUGAAUGAAGAAGAAAAAGUCGGUCGAUGGAAGGAGCUGUACAAGAGUAUUGAAACAAACUCUGCUCAAAAUUUUGCUAGCAACAUCAUUACUCGCCUUUCAAAGGUGCACAACUCCCCUGGACGACGCUUUUCUGUACAGUUGCCAAAGCUAGAGUCGAAUAUCUUGGCUCAAGCAUGCAGUAAAAGCCAAAAGAGAUUGUUCUUAUUCGAUUACGGUGGAACUCUGAUUCCCCACGGGAAACCUCCUGGAUCCGAAGAUCUGAGCCGUAUUCUGGAUAUAUUAACCAAAUUGACGGCCGAUCCCAGAAAUGCAGUAUACGUUAUCUCUGGUAGAACCAAGAUCAACAUUGAAACUGAUUUGGGAUGCAUUCCGGGCCUAGGCCUUAGUGCUGAAAAUGGAUUUUAUAUCAAAUCUCAAGGAGAAGAGUGGCAGCAAGUAUACGAUAAUGUAGACUUUAGUUGGAAGCCCACAGUGAAAGAGAUCUUUCAAUACUAUACAGAACGUACUCCUGGAGCUUAUGUCGAAUCCAAGGAUACAUCGAUUGUUUGGCAUUAUCGAACAUCAGAAGGCACAGAUUCCCAAUAUGUCUCUUGGCAAGCAGCUGAAUGUCAAAACCAUAUUGCAGAUUCAGUCAACAAGAAUUUCGCGGUUCAUGCAGUAGCUGGAAAUACCACUAUAGAAGUGAUCCCCCACGACAUUAACAAGAGCUCUAUUGCCAAUCGAAUUUUGCAGGAAACAAGCCCUGAUUUUGUUUUAUCUAUUGGUGAUGAUCGCUCUGAUGAAGACAUGUUCAGCUUUUUAAAGAAACAAAAGAGCCUGCAAAAAGCGAUUACUUGUACGGUGGGCACAAGAAGUACAGAAGCGAAUUACUUUAUUCCAAAUGUUGAUGGCGUCCUGUCUUUGCUUGAUGAAUUAUGUGUAGCUUCUCAAUAA